AUUUAGACCUAUACUCAUGUAACCAUUAUAUUAUUUUGGUUUGUUUUAUAGCGUUAUCGUCUAUCCGACUAUCUUCUAAAUACAAUUGUGUAUUUGUAUGUGACACCGUGGUUAAUUUGACGACGAUUAUUGUUGAUAAAUGAUUAUAUAAAUUCCUUCAUCUCCGGAGUCGGGGACACGUCGAGUCGUGAACUGCGUAGUGCGUAGGUCGUAGGACAGCAGUCAGCAGCCGAUUUAAUGUUACGUCGUUUUAAUUGUAAAUGAUAAUAACUGUUUCGUUAAUCGUUCACUUAAAUACUUAAUAUACAAUAAACUCGAUGGGAAUUCUAGACUUAAAAGUGAUUUAAAAUGAAUUAUACCGUAAUUGUUCUAUAGUUUUUACAUACAUUCUGCCGCAAUUGUUUUUUGAUAUUCUUAAAUUUAAAAAUGGGAGGCAAAGGAUCCAAACAUGAUCGUGUUAUAGAUCCAUUAACCUUCGACGAAAAUGAUGCUAUCGAUAAAUUGAUGAACUACAAAGAAAUUAUUUCUUUGGACGAGCUAUUACACAGGUGGAAUUCAUACUUAACUCAUAACAUGAACAGUCAUAUUAAACAAUUGUUUGCGACCAACAAACCGUGUCGACAGCGAGUGGUGCAUGUCUACCGAUGUUUAUCAACCUGUGAAAUGUACCAUGAAUCUUACCUAAAAAUAAUGUCUAUUGUACUUGCGAAAUCAAAUAUUGAACGAUAUACAAUUGAUCUUUUGGAAACUAUAAAUCUAUGUUUAAAGGAUACUGAUGAGUACGCUUACUGGAUCAGAAUUGGUGCUAAAGCACACACCAUUCUUCAACUUUCAUCUCAACUGUCUAAAGACGGUUUAACAGGUGAUAUUGCUGCAUGGGUCCGAGGCAACACCCUUCUUGGACUAUUGCAUAGAGCUCUGGUUACUACACUUUACUCAGUGCCACGUAAACUGGAUUUACUUCCAGCUAUUAGUAUAAGCCAAAAGUACAUACAGUCAUUCAAAACUAUUUUAGAUCUUGGAUGGAUAAUGUUCAUAAAACAUAGUUUACCGGCUGAUUGUCAAGAUAAUUGGAGAUUAUUGUUUUCAACUACUUCACACGGCGAGAGCUUCCAAUCACUCAGUGCUGCCAUAAUUGACCAAGGAAGUACAAUUUUAAUUUUAAAAGAUAAUUCUGGUAAUAUAUUUGGAGGAUACGCUUCACAAUCGUGGCUAUUGAAACCUAAAUUUUAUGGAGAUUCCAGUUGUUUUGUCUUCUCGUUAUAUCCAAAUUUGAAUAUAUGUGCUUCUUCUGGACAUAAUGAGAAUUAUAUGUACAUGAAUAGUGGCCAGCAUACACUGCCAAAUGGCAUAGGGAUGGGAGGACAAUUUGGCUAUUGGGGACUAUGGAUUGAUUCAGAGUAUGGCAUUGGCAAAAGUAGUCCUUCGUGUUCAACAUUUAAUGAUUAUUCAAUGUUAUCAGCUAACAAAGAUUUCACAAUUGAUUCAUUAGAAAUAUGGUGUGUUAAAGAAAAACCUAAACUAGAUGAUGAAGAGGAAGAAAGAAAACUCACUUCAGGUAGAGAUGAAUGGGAUAUGAAUCUAUUGGAAAUGGCUGGACGCCAAAAAUACUCUGAUGGAUUUAGAGAUGAAGAUGAAGUUAAAUGAUUACCAAUGACCAAGACCAAUGUUCAAUUAUGUUAUUAGUUUAACUUGACUCAAAUGAUAACAGUUUUUAGUUUAAUAAAUCACAUUUUUGCUUUGUCAUAAUAAAUAUCUGAUGUUUGAUUAUUAUUUUAUUUUUUAGUUUGUUUUACUUUUUUUAAUUGAGCAAGUAUUGUUUAUUUAUUAAUUUUAAACCAUAAAUACAUAUUUCUAAAAUAA